GCUGCUUUUGCGGAUUCUGCGCUGUCUGCUAAAGUACCGGGCGGGAUUUCCGCAAUACGUUCAGUAUGGCGAAGACCUACGAUUAUUUGUUUAAACUGCUGUUAAUCGGGGAUUCCGGCGUCGGGAAGACCUGUGUGCUCUUCAGAUUCUCGGAGGAUGCCUUUAACUCGACGUUUAUUUCGACGAUAGGUAUCGAUUUCAAGAUCAGGACAAUAGAACUAGAUGGCAAGAAGAUAAAGUUACAGAUAUGGGACACGGCAGGACAGGAGCGAUUCCGAACAAUCACAACGGCGUAUUACAGAGGAGCAAUGGGUAUCAUGCUGGUUUAUGAUAUUACUAAUGAGAAAUCAUUUGACAACAUCAAAAACUGGAUCCGAAACAUAGAGGAGCAUGCAUCAGCGGAUGUAGAAAAAAUGAUUUUGGGGAACAAGUGUGACAUCAAUGAGAAGAGGCAGGUGUCUAAAGAUAGAGGCGAGAAGCUGGCGUUAGAGUACGGCGUCAAGUUCAUGGAGACGAGCGCGAAGGCUAACAUCAAUGUUGAGAACGCAUUCUUGACGCUUGCCAGAGACAUAAAAGCAAAGAUGGACACGAAAUUGGAGGGGAACAAUCCUCAGAGCAGCAAUCACGGAGUGAAAAUUACCACUGAACAGCAGAAAAAGAGCAGCUUCUUUCGCUGUGUGCUACUGUGAAGACCAAGGCCUUACUGUCCACCGCCCGUGGGCUGGACACGACUGGACUACGCUCUCCCUCUUAGCACUCCUCCUCCUCCUCCUU